CCAAAAUUUUGUUGAUUCAGUCGACGAAUUCUGUUCAAACGCGGCGCACGCUUCGAGCGGACGAGCAGCUUCUGGCACACACUCGAAGUUAACAAAACCCGUUAAAUAUUGUAAAAUUCAAACAGACUUAAAUCGAGCUGACCGCAAAAUAUAAUCAAAGACCCGUUAAACGUCAUAAAACUAAAAAAAAAGAGAAGAGCCAGAAACAAAAACAAUCAAGUGUACGAAAAUAGCUCAAUUGCAAUAUUUGCGAGUGGGCGUGUCUGCUGUGCUUGUGUGCGUGCGAGUGCAUCUGGUGUCCCUGUCAAAGGUUAAACCUCAUAUGAAAAUGUCGUUCGCUAACCAAAAAGCAAUGUCAACGAAAGCCGCCUUCACUUCUGCCGACGCCGAUGCCGAUGCCGCUGCCGCUGCUGCAGCUGCAGCUGGUGCUGAUGCUUCUGCUUCUGCUGCGAAGGUCGCUUCAGCCGUGGAGCUGCCCAAGGCCAGCCGGGCAACUGUUUCGCCACUUUCGGGUCCUCCAUGGGCGUUCCUCUUGUUGGGCGCCAUUUUGCUCUGCUGCGGCGGCUUUGGGCUUGUCGAUGGCCUCAAGUGCCACAUGUGCGGUCAGUACAACGAGGGCGUGGGCUCCAUAACGCCCUGCACCAACUACUCCAAGGAAAUUGCACAUCUGUAUCUCAAGGAGUGCACCAAGAAGAGCGAGAAGUUCUGUGUGAAAUAUGUCAGCGAACUGUCGACUGUACGAGAUUGUGCUACUGAGUGCGUCGAGAAAGAAAUUUGGGAAACCCAAACAUAUUGCUGCAAAGAAGACGGUUGUAAUUCGAGUGGCCUGAUGAAAGCCUCUAUAUUCUUGGUCUCUCUGCCAAUUAUCAUGUGGUUAUUUUAGAUGACUUUUUCGGAAUUUUAGUAUUGAAUUCAAGAUCAUUUAUUUCCAAUUUAAUAGUUUUAAGCAUAAGAAAACUUUCAAUUCCAACUGUAACUUUCGACCUAGGUUUAUGCAUGUGUCUAACAAAAAUUACGUUUCGCUAUUAUUGUUUCCAAAAACAAAUUUUGUAAAUGGGACCUAAGAAACAAAUCUUUACUAAAUAUUAUUUAAAACUUUCUUUCAAUAUUUACUUUACUAUUUUUGAGUUACUAAAUGAUUGAAGCAACCUUAAGUUAACUUUAACUGUCUUCCCAAAUCAAGAUUUUUAGGAUAUACCAAUUUAUAAAGAUUUUAAUGAAUAAAGCUUCGUAGAGUGAACAUCAUAGUUAAUAUAUAACUCUUACUAUUGUUCUGCUCGGCCUCGUGUUAUUUUCGAUUGAUAGCUGAGCUUCCAAAUAAGCUGAAAUAUCUGAUUGGAAAUUAGAAAAAAAAAAAACAAAUUAAGAGGAAAAAUUGUUAGACUAUAGACAUUUAGAAACUAAAAAUUGCACUCAAAGCAGAUGCUAACCUAAGAACAACCUAAAGAAAUAUAUAUAUUAAUCUAAAAUAAUAAUAUUAUAUGGUUUAAAGUAUAACAUUUCUAAUCACCAAUAAUUAUAUAUUAUAUAGUAGAAAUGGCAUCCAUCUCAACAGAACUUGAAUAUUUUUGCAAAUCACAGACGCAAUGUAAUCUAAAGUACUUCCUUAAAAAUAUAACAUAUAAAAUGUAAACGAGUAAGUUAAUUGUUCUGCGCAAAUAAAAAGAAAAUAUAGAAAAAAAAAAUAGAUUUCUGAUUAAAUAUAUUAUUUUGAAUAUUUAUAUCAAAUAUUACUAAAAUGCCAAAGUCACAGUAAAUAAACUUUGGGGUCUGUGACUUUGUUAUUUGGUUUUAAUAUUCGAAAUAUAAGAUUCUUAACAAUUUGAAUUGAUUAUAAAUAUAAAAUAUAAAUUUUUUCCGUUUCCUAUAAAUAUAUAUUUAUAUGUAAUUUUAGGGUGGUGCGAGUUAAAUGAUACAAAUAAAAAUACAAAUUUAAAACUAACUUUAAGGAAUAUAUAAAAAGUUCUCGCUCUACUGUGCAUGAAAUUCUAAAUUAUUAUUAACUUGACAAAAAUGAAAAGUAAGUUUAAUUGCAAUGGAACAUUAAGCAACAAUUUGGAAAUGCUAUUAAAUAGUUAACAACGUAUAAGCCAAAUAUUAGAAUUUACAAUAUUGGAAGCUUAGAAAAAUUAAAUUUUAGAAAAAAAUAAAUAAAAACAAAUGUAAAAAAAUUUAUUAUUCCAUACAAAAUGCGCACUUAUGCAUUUCAAUUUUUAUUUAUUUAAAUUCCUAAUAAUAUUAUAUAUAAAUAUGUAUUAAUAAAAGUGGCCAAGUGGCAUACGUACAAUA